AACAGCCCACGGUAGAGUAGAGAUAGAGAUAGAGAUAGAGAUAGAGAUAGAGAUAGAGGCAGAGGUAGAGCUUGCAAUGGCGGCCGCCGCCUCCGAUCAACAACAGCAGCCGCCCCCCCGCAGCAACCGUUACGGCUUUGAGGAGUCCGGGUGGGUGGAGAAUAUCCGGCAGUCGCUCCGGAGGAGCAAGGAGGACGGCGACGGCAUCCCUGUGUCUGUGUUCGACGUGCCCAAACAGCUGCAGGUGCACAAGCCGGAGGCCUACGCCCCCCAGUUCAUCGCCCUCGGCCCCUACCACCACUGGCGCCCCGAGCUGUACGAGAUGGAGGGCUACAAGAUCGACGCCGCCCGCCGCGCGCUCACCACCCUCGGGCGCGGCGGCCUCGACGACCUGGUCUCUAAGCUGGCGCUCCACGAGUCCAAGGUCCGCGCCCACUACCACCGCUACCUCGACCUCGGCGGCGAGACGCUGUCGCUCAUGAUGCUCGUCGACGGCGCGUUCCUGCUCGAGUUCCUCGCGAUCCACCACGCCACACCCGCAUGCGUGGCUGAGCGACAGACACACAGGGUGCUCCCGCUCCCGGUGAGCAGUAGGAUGGCGCACCUCGCCGACGUGGGCGGGACCGGGAGGAAGUCCUCCGCGCACGGCCUCAUCCUCCGUGACUUGCUCAUGCUGGAGAACCAGAUCCCGCUCUUGGUCCUCCGAGAGAUCCUCGACGCGCAGCAGUCCGUCCACGAGUCGGAGUCCACCACGCGGCUCAAUGCCAUGGUCACUGGCCUCAUCAAGGAGGUCUGCCCCUUGAAGAUGAAGGGCAACUUCCCGUUCCCGGACAAGGAGAUCGACGUUGCCAACCACGCGCACCUGCUGGAGUUGCUUUACCACCUGCUCGUGCCCAAACCCUCAGCUAAAGCCGGCCACUUGGAGGUCGAGGUCGAGGAGCAGCCACCGGACGGCGACGGCCACGUCGAUGAGGACAUCGAGGAGCAGCGACCGGACGGCGGCGGCCAGGAGAAGGAGAGCAAGUACGUGAUGCAGCUGUUGGCCGUUAUGUGGCGCAUCGCGUCGAGGCUCAAGAGCGGCCGCCUGCGUCACGUGUUGAAGCCGAUGGUGUUUGCGGCCAAGGCGCCAUGGAAGAUGCUCACCGGCAUCUCGGCGUCCAAGGUGAACAUGCUCAUGCCCGCCGACGGCGACGGGAGCGAGGCGUCCGAGAUCACCAUCCCUUCGGUAUCCGAGCUGGUUAGCAGCGGCAUUCAGUUGGCGCCGACCAACGGCAUGCUGUCCACCAUCGCCUUCAACGGCAAGACAAGGACGCUCCAUCUACCGGCGGUGACCCUGGACUGCAACACGGAGGUGGUGCUCCGGAACCUGGUGGCCUACGAGUCAUCCGCCGCGUCGGGGCCGCUGGCCCUCACCCGGUACACGGAGCUGAUGAACGGCAUCGUGGACACGGGCGAGGACGUGGCGCUGCUCCGCAAGCGCGGCGUGUUGCUCAACCGCAUGAAGAGCGACGAGGAGGCGGCCAGGAUGUGGAACGGCAUGAGCCGGUCGGUGCACCACUCCAGGGUGCCGGAGUUGGACGCGGUGAUCGAGGACGUGAACCGAUACUACGACGGGCGGUGGCGCGUCAAGGCCAAGCGGUGCAUGCGCAAGUAUGUGCUCAGCUCCUAGAAGAUGCUCACCUUCCUCGCCACCCUCAGCAUGCUGCUGCUCACCACCUUGCAGGCCUUCUGCUCCGUCUACGCAUGCUCCCGCUGGGUCACUGACACCGUUGCCACCGUCACGCCGGCAGACUAGCUAAGCUAGAUCGCCCGCCGCAACUCUUCUGUAUCAGUAUCGUCGUCAUGCAUGCAUGUACCCACCCGUAGUAUCCAUAUCGAUCGUGCAACUGCUGUGCCUUGUCGUUCUAGUGCUUAUUUCAGUUUAAUUUGUAGAAAUAAUUCAUCAGCGUCAUGUAUAAUUAAUUAUCUUCUUUUUUCCCAUUUGGUUCUUAUUUGGAUUUGGUCGACAUAUAUUUUCCCAUGUAUAAUUAUUAAGAUCAGUGUGUUGCUCU